AUGGAGGAGAAGGAAGAGUUCGAUGAGGAAGAGGUGGUGAAGGAGCAAUUUGAGCAGGAGGAGGAGAAGGAGAAGGAGAAGGAAGAGGGGGGGAAGAAGAAGAAGGAUGAGGAGAAGGAUGGGUUUGAGGAGGAAGAGGUUGUGAAGGAGCAAUUUGAGCAGGAGGAGGAGAAGAAGCAAGGUGAUGAGCUUGAGGAAAGGAAGGAGGGUGAUGAACUUGAGGAGAAAAAGAAGGAGAAGGAGGAGGAGGAGGAGGAGAAGAAGCAUGCAGGACGAGAGGGGGAGAAGAAGCAGGUUGAUGAGCUCGAGGAGGAAGAGGAGAAGAAGGGGGAGGAGGAGAAGGGGAAGGAUGAGUUCGAGGAAGAAGAGAUGGUGAAGGAGCAAUUUGAGCGAUUUGAGGUGGAUGAGGAGGAGAAGAAGGAGAGUGAUGAACUUGAGGAGGAAGAUAAGGAGCAGGAGGAGGUGGAGAAGAAGCAUGCAGGAUGA